AUGCACAGACACGCUGCCUACCCAUAUGCCAACCCGGCUCCCACCACCACAAGAUACUCGGGCACCUCCUCAGCCUUCUCUGCUUCAGCAAACCCCAACGAAGACUGGACCAAGAUUUCAGAUCUUGCUGAGCGCAGGCGGAUACAGAACCGCAUUGCCCAACGCAACUACCGCAAGAAGCUCAAGAAGAGGCUCGAAGCCUUGGCGAGUUCUUGUGCUACCACGCCUCGUACCACUCGGAACAGCAUACUAAUCGGGUUGCAGGAGCGUCGUGCUGCCUCGAGCUCAGCUUCACCUGAGCAGAAGCCUGCUGAGCUGCAGCCACCACAGCGAUCCCCGCGCCAGGAGUUUCCUUCUCCGUCAUCUUCGGAAUCCUCGUACACCACCCCACCUGCUGAGGAUCGCAUGUUCUCGCAUCAGUACACACGCCAGCUUUCCACCAGCCCACCACCUCCCUUCUCCGUAGCAUCGUAUUCGUCGGCAUACCCAGCACCAGAUGCAGUUGCAUACUCAAUGCCGUACUCCACCUCGCCCUACCACACAAUACCAACCACCCUCACACCGGAGAUGCCGAGCUACACUUACCUGCCACCGCCUCACUCGUCCUCGUACUCGACUGGCCUACCAAGCCUUGUGCCGAGCAUGAAGAACGAGUACUACGCCGACGAAGAUACGAGUCCCUUUGGCGUGGGCUACGCGGCCAUUUGCGGGAACGACAUCCUACCACCACACUCUUACGCAGACUCUGUAAGGAUCCCCACUCGCCAACCCUACUAUGCAUGA